ACGCAUGCAAUGACGAACGUGGCAUGGACGAAAGAGCUGCGGGCAUGGUAUGCAGCGAACGCACACAAGGGGCUCGUAUUCACCAACAUGAACACGCUGCACGGGGCUGUCGUGCUGACGGGGCAGCAGGUGCUCUCCAACGAUGCCAGGAAUGAUCCUCGUGCGAGAGGAGUGCCUCCGGGCCAUCCCGUUAUUGAGAAGUUCAUGGGCAUCCCGCUGUAUACAGGCACGGAGCUGAUAGGGAUAUUCGGGGUGGCCAAUCGCCUGCAGGGGUACGACGAGCAGCUGGUGAAGGAGAUUGAGCCGCUGACGAUGACGAUUGCACAGAUGAUCUAUGCGGUGAAUGAACGGAAGAGGAGGAAGGAGGCUGAACUGCAUCUGUCCAGCGUUGUGCAGGUGGCGAAGGAGGGCAUCAUGUCGCUCUCCCACAGCGGCCACGUCACAUCCAUGAACCUCUCGGCACGGCAGAUGUUUGGUUACUCGCCCACCCCUCCCGACACCAACGGCAGCAGCAGCACCAACGGCACUGCUGCUGCUGCUGUUGCGGCUGGGGGGAGCAUUAUUAGCCGCGACAGCAGCAACGUCACGCCGCCGCCCAAUCUGCAGUUCCAGGAUCUGAUGGUGGAGAUCAACGGCCAGGGGGACUUCCUGGCACGAGGGCUGGACGCGGCGAGUGGCAAGGUGCACAAGGGCAUCGGCAGGCGCGUGGACGGCAGCACGUUCCCUCUGGAGGUGUCUGUCUCUAAGGGCACCUAUGACACUGUCUUCUAUGUGGCUGUGCUGAGGGACAUCUCCGAGAGGCUGGAUGCGGAGAAGAAGCUCAAGGAGAGCGAGGAGCGGUGGCUGUACGCGUUGUCAGGCAGCGACGAUGGAGUGUGGGACUGGAACGUGCGCGACAACACCAUGUUCUUCUCUGAUCGAUGGAAGCAGAUGCUGGGCUACGAGCCUGGAGACAUAGGCUCCACACUGGACGAGUGGGAUCGACUGUUGCACCCAGAAGACAAGGACCGCGCGUAUGCAGACCUUAAGGAGCAUUUAGACGGCGUUACUGCGCAGUUUGUGAACGAGCAACGGCUCAGAUGCAAGGACGGCAGCUACAGUUGGUUCCUGCACCGCGGCAAGGUGCUGAGCAAGACGGAGGACGGGGAGCCGCUGCGGUUCGUGGGAACACACACGGACAUCACAGAGAGGAAGAUGUUCGAGCAGGGCAUGGUGCAGGCUAAGGACGAGGCGGAGAGGGCGUCACAAGCUAAAGCAGAUUUCCUCGCCACCAUGAGCCACGAGAUCCGCACCCCCAUGAAUGGCGUGGUGGGCAUGACGGCCCUUCUCCUGGACACCGACUUGACUCCUGAACAACGCGACCGCGUGGUGACCAUAAGGGACUCAGGCGACAUGCUGCUGCAGAUUAUCAAUGAUAUUCUCGACUACUCCAAGAUCGAGUCCGGCAAGCUGGAGAUCGAGCAGACGCUCUUCAACGCACUGCAGGCCGUGGAGCGAGUGGCGGAGCUGCUCAUCCACAACGCGGAGAGCAAGGGGCUGGAAGUUGUGAUUGAGAUUGGACCGGACACGCCUACCUUCUUGGUUGGAGAUUCCGGGAGAACACUGCAGGUGCUAAUCAACCUCGUAUCAAACGCCAUCAAGUUCACCGAACGUGGACACGUUAUCUUCCGCCUCUCCUCCAACACCGCCCCCGCCCUCCCCUCCUCCCCGUCUCACCCCGCCCUCCCCGCCUCCUCCUCCUCUUCCACCACCACCACCCUCACCACCACCAAUUCCACCACCACCAACACCUCUGCACCCAACAGCGGCCCAUUGGUACCGCAGCAGUUCUGGGUGUGCCAGGUCAUUGACACUGGCAUCGGCAUUCCCAUGGAGCGGCUCGGCAGGCUCUUUACUAAGUUCUCUCAGGUGGAUGCAUCCACCACACGCAAGUUCGGAGGCACGGGGCUGGGCCUUGCCAUCUCAAAGCAGCUGGUAGAGCUGAUGGGUGGGAGUAUAUCAGUGGAGAGUGAGUUCCAUGUGGGGACCACAUUCACCGUGCACCUGCCAAUCAACGCCCACCACCCCGCGUACACGUCAGCUCUCUCCCUGUCCAUGUCAUCGCUGGCCAAUCAGUGCAGCAGCAGCAGCCUCGUCGUGUCUGAGUCAGCAAUCCCGCUCUCCCUCCCCACCUCGUCCUCCACUGGGGGGGGAACGGGGGUAGCGGGGGGAGGGGAAGGGGGGAGAGGGGAGGGGAGGAGGGGGCCGUUGUCAGGUGGCAGCAUCCCAUUGGCUAUCGGGAGUGUGGCGGAUGAGUUGCUGAAUCUGAGACUGCUGGUUAUCUCACCGAUACAGGUCACAGCGUCGGCCAUAUCGAAGCAGCUGGCAGCCUGGCACGUCCCUCACUCGCUCCUCAUCGCGACGCCAGAAGAAGCCAUUCUGCAGCGUCUGCCAGCUGGCACUCUGCCGCCCGCCCCUGCCGCCCGGCUGGCGCCGCCCGUGCGGUGGAGGGACGGCAGCGAGCGGGAGGGCGUGGCGGAGGACUAUGAUGCUGUGAUGGUUGACCUGAGUCAACGCCCCACUCUGGCUGAUGCUAACGUGAUUGAGGUGUUGGAGUGUCUGGGCAGGGAUAGGGUGGGCGUGGUGCUGCUGCUGAACCGCACGCAAGUGACAGAGAAGACAGAGGCAGAGCUCAGAGCCGUGAGGCACUGGCACGACCGCUUGCCGCCUCUCCUGCUCAACAAACCCAUGGUCCGCCCCAAGGCUCUAAUGGAGGCGCUAGAAGCAGCGCUGAGGGCAACGCCAGGGGGGGAGAGUCUGCUGCAGCAGGGAGGGGCAGGAGGGGCAGCAAGGGGAGGGCGGGCGAGUGGUGUGGGCACGCGGGCAGGAGGAGGCAAACCCAGCGGACCGAAGCUUAGUGGCCGGAUAUUGUUGGCAGAAGACAAUGCGAUCAACCAGAAGGUGGCAAAAUCGAUGCUAGCGAUGCUGGGCGUGAGUGUGGAUCUCGCCAACAAUGGGCUCGAAGCAGUUAACCUCUCCGAGAAGAACCACUACAACCUUAUCCUCAUGGACUGCCAGAUGCCGGAGAUGGACGGGUGGACGGCCAGCAGCAAGAUCCGGGAGCUGGAGGCGGCGAGGGGGCAACCCCCAGUCACCAUCGUGGCGCUCACGGCCAAUGCACUGAAAGGCGAUCGGGAGCAGUGCCUGGCUGCAGGCAUGACAGACUACAUGUCCAAGCCAGUGAGCAAAGCAGCGCUGGAGAAGGUGCUGCGGCAUUACCUGGUGCCGGCCUGA